CCAUUUGGCAUCCUCAUUCAUUUGGACAAAUCUCACCUGUACUCGUCACAAGUUCGAAUCUUAACAACUAUUGACUACCCCAUUUCCUUUUACAAGCUUCCCCCGAGUUCGAUUACCUGCCUUUCCCGCUACCGAAAAUGGUUAAAUCCUUACCAAAGCAGAAACCCCAAAACAGCACAGAGAAAACGCAACCAAAUUUCAAGGGAGUGCGAAUGAGAAAAUGGGGGAAAUGGGUUUCCGAAGUGAGAAUGCCCAAUUCCCGAGCUAGAAUUUGGCUAGGGUCUUACGACACUCCUCAGCAGGCCGCUCGCGCUUACGACUCUGCAGUUUAUUGCCUCAGAGGAUCGAAUGCCAAGUUCAAUUUCCCCGACUCUUUGCCGGAAAUUCCGUCGGCCUCUUCGCUAUCUCCCGCUGAGAUUCAAUCUGUUGCAGCCAAGUUUGCCGUGGAAGAAUUCCGGCAGCCGCUGGACUAUAACACUACAGUUUCUGGUUCGGAAUCGCAGUCGUGUGUAGACAGCGAAGAAAGUUUAGAGGAACAAAAUUGGAAAUUGUUGGAUUCACUUCUUGAAGAUGUUGAGAGCGGACUGCCUUCAAAUUUAGAGAACUUUCUUUCAUUAGAGGAUAUUGAUUUUCUUUUGUCAGAGUAAAAACAGAGAGGACAUUUUUUAUAUUUUCAUUCAGGCCACCAAAGUUUAUUGAGGCAGGGUUAGCUAUAAUGGCAGCCUCUGUCAAAGUUUAUUGAGAGGCAAUCAAACCCUUGACCUACCUGAAUCAAAAACUCUACCAUUUUUUUUAUUAAAAACACUGCUGCCCUCAAUGUUACAGAGUGAAGUUUUAUGCCGCUCUUUCAACGUUGCAAUUCCUGUAAAUUGAAAUUGAUGUUUUCACUUAAAAAUUUCUCAACUCUUUUCGGAAAACAACUGAGGAAUUUUUUU